CAAGCCAUCCACAAGACAUAUGCUCCAGAGGAAGGAGACCAGUAGCACAGCAACAUGACUACCAUGAGAGGUCCUGCAGCUGGUGAUGCCACUCUGAGGAGAAGAAUUGAACCCUGGGAUUUUCAAGAUUUCUUUGACCCUCGAGAUCUUCGUAGAGAGACCUGUCUGCUUUAUGAGAUCAACUGGGGCGGAAGGCACAGUGUAUGGCGGCACACAGGCAAAAACACCAGCAACCAUGUCGAAGUGAAUUUCAUAGAGAAAUUUACUUCGGAAAGAUACUAUUCUCCAUCUGCCAGAUGCUCCAUCAUCUGGUUCUUGUCUUGGAGUCCCUGUUGGGAAUGCUCCAAGGCUAUUAUAGAAUUUUUGCACCAACACCGUAAUGUGACUCUGUUUAUCUAUGUAGCACGGCUUUUUCAUCACACGGAUCUGCGAAACCGGCAAGGAAUCAGGGACCUCAUUAGCAGUGGUGUGACAAUCCAGAUUAUGACAGAGCCAGAGUAUUGUUACUGUUGGAGGUAUUUUGUUAACUACCCACCUGGGAGUGAAGUUCAUUGGCCAAGGUACCCACGACAGUGGAUGAUGUUGUAUGUGCUGGAACUCCAGUGCAUCAUUCUGGGGCUUCCAUCCUGUGUAAAGAUUUUAAGAAGACACCAAAAUCAGCUUACAAUUUUCACACUUGAUCUUCAAAAUUGCCAUUACCAAAUGAUCCCUCCCCACAUCCUUUUGGCUACAGGGUUGAUAUGACCUCUGGGACUUGGGGAUGAAUAAAGUGACACUUUUU